AUGGGUAGGCUUACAAAAGAACAAAUUAAAUUUUAUAAGGACAAUGGUUUCAUAGUGUUGAAGAAGCUUAUUAAGGGGCAGGAGUUAGAGCGGUUGUCGGAGGAGUACGAUAAAUUGUUUAAGAGGAAAAACGAUGGGAAGUUGGAAAGUGCCUGGGUGGGAAGCGAGGAGAAUCACAGAGUUAGCGAUAGCCCAUACACAGUGAAAGGUAUCCACAACCUGCAAAUGCAUCACGCUGUGUUCGGCAAGUAUUUGUACAACGAUGAUCUACUCGACGCUAUGGAGGACAUAAUGGGGACCAAAAACAUAGCCCUGCACCACACCAAGGCUCACUACAAGCCGCCGGAGAAGGGAGCCGCCUAUCCAAUGCAUCAGGAUUACCCCUACUUCCCAUUUGCCAAUGAUUCUAUGACAGCGGCUGUUCUAUUCCUCGAUGAUGCUGACGUAGAAAACGGCACCCUCUUCGUUUGGCCCGGUUCCCACAAACUGGGGCCCAUUGAAGAUGUGGGGCCUAAGGAAGGCAGUAACUUCCACUACGUUGAUCAGAAAAAGUUCCCCAUUGAGAAAGCAAUGCCCGUGGUGGUAGAAGCUGGUGACGUGGUGGUGUUCAGCUACCUGACCCUCCACGGUAGCACCCCCAAUCUCUCCAAGCGCCCGCGCCGCAUGCUCCUCGCUCAGAUGUACGAAGCUCAUGAUAAACCAGUGGGUGGGGAGCCUGGUCAGCCCGGCAAGGGUUGGCUCCUCCGAGGCGUGAAUCUGGAUAGAGACGCUACUGUCACUGACAGGGCGAAGGAAUAA